CGUGCUUUUACAUCGGUACCGGAGCUGUUAGUGUACCGUCAGGUGAUGCCGUCCUCAGAUUAUGACUCGGCCUGUCUGCCGGAUUUAUUGCCGCUGUACUACCGACGGCUGUUCCCCUUCUCACAGUACUAUCGCUGGCUGAACUAUGGAGGAGUGCAGAAGAACUACUUUCAGAACCGAGAGUUCUCCUUCACACUCAAAGAUGACAUCUACGUCCGCUACCAGUCCUUCAGCACUCAGUCCGAGCUGGAGAAGGAAAUGCAGAAGAUGAACCCUUACAAGAUUGACAUUGGAGCCAUAUACAGUCACAGGCCCAAUCAACACAACACAGUGAAGUCAGGAACCUUCCAGGCCCUGGAGAAGGAGCUGGUGUUUGAUAUCGAUAUGACAGAUUAUGAUGAUGUCAGAAGCUGUUGCAGUGCUGCAGACAUUUGCUGCAAGUGCUGGACCUUGAUGACCAUCGCCAUUCGCAUCCUGGAUAGAGCUCUUCGAGAUGACUUUGGCUUCCAGCACCUGCUGUGGGUUUAUUCUGGCAGAAGAGGAGUGCAUUGCUGGGUGUGUGAUGAGGCUGCCAGGAAGCUCUCUGUGGCAGCUCGCUCUGCUGUUGCAGAGUACCUCAGCCUGGUUAAGGGAGGUGACGAGACGGUGAAGAAGGUUGUGCUCACAGAUCCAAUUCAUCCAUUCAUCAGAGAGUCUUUGGUGGUGGUAGAGCAAUACUUCCCUCGGUACGCACUACAGGAACAGGACGUACUGGGCCGCAAAGAAUCUGUAGACAAAGUGCUGGCACUCGUGCCUGAAGAUGUGAGAAAAGAAUUACAGCAGCACUUCCAAAACGAGAGGAAACCAGAGACCCGUUGGAAACUGCUGAGGGAUCAAGCCACCAGGAAACAGGCCACUGCCAAAAAGGGCCAGCACUUUGAGAAAGAAAUCAUGCUGCAGUAUUGUUACCCACGGCUCGAUGUGAACGUCAGUAAAGGGGUGAACCAUCUGCUAAAGAGCCCCUUUAGUGUCCAUCCCAAAACAGGGCGCAUUUCUGUUCCCAUCGACCUGAAAGAGUUGGAGACGUUCGAUCCUUUCUCUGUGCCCACAAUCAGUCAAAUCUGUGAGGAGUUGGAUCGACCCAGGCCGGGUGAGGAGGAAGAGAAGACAGAAGACACGAAGGAGAAGGAAAACGAGAUGGAUGCAGCAGAGAGGCGAAAGAUCAGAGAUUACAAGAGAACAAGUCUGGCGAAGUACGUGAAAUACUUUGAUCGGUUUCUGGAUGGGAUGGCUCGCUCACGGAAAGGAGAACUUCUCAAGAAAAGUGAUCUUCAGAAAGACUUCUGAGCUGGAUCAACGACCAGGAAGUGAGACAGAAGACAAACUGUUUAUAGCUCCCGUUUCUUAAUGUGGGUGAUGAUACAAACUGUCAGUUUCAUCCCAAUCAGUUUUAUCACCCUCUGAUGAAACUCAGCAAUGAUACAUUUAUAACCAAAACACAGCAGGAUGUUCAUACUACAGUGACAAUUUUAUGUUGUUCAUUGCUCGUUCCUACAUUUUUCUAUUGUACAGUCAUUUAUGAAAAUAAAUUUGGUAUUUCAACUUCUUCAAGUUUUG